AAAUGCGGCAUUUCGUGGCUGCUCUCGUUAGUCAGCUUCCAGUAGUUCAGCCAUAAUGCAGCAGUCCCCGUUCCUCAGAACUCUGUGCCUCUUCCUGAUCAUCGGUCUGAUGGUGGUAUACAGCCAAGGUUUGUGCAAUGAGUGUCAAGACAAUGGAGUAGCCUGUGUGAAUGAGACCCACUACCGCUUCUGUUUGGACAACGUCGAGCCUGGAGCAAUUUUGCCAUGCGGCGAUGGCGAGGUCUGCACUAGUCUGCUAAAAAUUUGUGUUCCCAAGGGUGCCUAUGAUUCAACCUGCGCAGCCGAUGAAGCCGCAUCCCCGAGCGAGUGCCCCAGCUGCACUGGCAGCGCCCUGUUCGUCUGCACCAGUCGAACCACCUUCCAGAUGUGCGACGGCACCACAUUGACCGAUCGUGUCAUCAAGUGCAACGACGGCAAGUUCUGUUCGAUGCAGUCCGGUAAAUACUGUGUGGGCGAGUGCGAGCUGCCAGGCGACAUUGAGUGCGAUCGAGAUGCACCCUAAGCAGGACUAGAUCUAAGUUUAUUUCAAAAGUAUCUGUUAAAUAAAUCAACGAAUCAAUUUUGAUAUAAAUAUUAA